AUGGAUGAGGAAAAUGGAGUGAAUCAAACGCAGGCGCAUAAUCUUUUGGGACAAAAGACACAAACACCACAGAAAAGAAAAGACAAUGCACUCACGAAAACCUUACGUUCAUGCUGCUACAUACCACAACGUUACAUUUUGGGUGUUAUGGGCUUGUUGGGUGUCUGCAAUGCUUACACUAUGCGUGUAUGCUUGAACUUAGCUAUUACCCAAAUGGUGAAUCGCACAAAAUCCAGUACAGACCAUUUCGAUCCCGACGCCUGCCCCAACGACAAAAUCAUUGGAAAUGCCACUGCUAUUCUUAAACCAUACGCAAUCUUCGACUGGGACGAAAAGACACAGGGAUUAAUAUUAAGUGGUUUUUACUAUGGAUACGCGGCCACUCAAGUACCGGGCGGAUAUUUGGCUGAAAAGUUCGGAGGGAAAUGGACUUUGGGUGUAGGCCUUCUAAGUACCGCACUGUUUACUUUCUUGACCCCAAUUGUCAUUCGGGCAGGGGGUGCCACGUGGUUGUUCAUACUGAGAGUUCUGCAGGGAAUGGGAGAGGGUCCAACAAUGCCAGCCCUUAUGAUAAUGCUGGCACGUUGGGUACCACCCCAUGAGAGAGGUUUUCAAGGCGCCCUGGUGUUUGGAGGCGCCCAGAUUGGGAACAUAUUCGGCUCAUUCAUGUCUGGAAUACUUUUAGCCGAUGGCAAUGAUUGGGCGUACGUAUUCUAUUUCUUCGGAGGCUUUGGUAUACUUUGGUUCGUUUUGUGGAGCCUUUUAUGCUAUUCAACGCCGAACUCGCAUCCCUACAUCUCGAAGAAGGAAUUAAAUUACUUAAAUAAGAAUGUAACUACUGCUGAGACGAGCCAUGCAAAGGACCCGGUACCCUGGAAGGCAAUAUUGCGAUCAGUACCCGCCUGGGCGCUUGUUUGGGCUGCGGUCGGGCACGACUGGGGCUAUUACACAAUGGUAACAGACCUACCGAAGUACUCUCACGACGUUCUCAAAUUCAAUAUUGCAACCACUGGAGUCCUAACCGCAUUGCCAUAUAUUGCGAUGUGGCUAAGUUCCUUUGUAUUUGGUUUCGUUUGCGACAUAUGUAUCAAGAAAGGCUGGCAUACGAUCAAGACUGGGAGAAUCAUUCACACAACUAUUGCUGCUACCGGUCCUGCAAUUUGUAUAAUAAUGGCAUCUUACGCUGGCUGUGAUAGAGUUGCUGCUAUGGUAUAUUUUGUAUUGUCUAUGGCUCUGAUGGGAGGUUUCUACAGCGGUAUGAAGGUAAACGCAUUGGAUUUGGCACCAAAUUAUGCUGGUUCACUGACAUCUCUUGUCAAUACGACAUCGACAUUCGCUGGAAUCAUAACACCCUACCUCAUAGGAUUGUUGACGCCUGACUCAACACUCGUGCAAUGGCGGACAGCAUUCUGGGUAUGUUUCACAGUGUUAGUUGGUACGAACGUAGUUUACUGUAUAUGGGCGGAUGGAGAGCAACAAUGGUGGGAUGACGUCAGAAAGUUCGGCUACCCAGCAGACUGGAAGCACGGGUCAAUUUUACGGGAUGACACCAUUGAACAACCAGAAGCAGUUAAGCUAUCGAGUAGAAAGGACACUGAUGAUGAUUAG